AUGCCAACAGUGAGGUGGAAGAAGAGAAACAGUGGUGGAAACCUCAUCCACAGGAGACCACGGGCACUAAGGAACCAGUGCACUCAGGCUGGUCACAGUCUGUUGAUUGACACGGUCUCAUCUCCUGUCUCAGCAUCUGUCUCAGCUCCUGAUGUUGUCUUUGCUCCUGAGACAUGUGACGAGUUCAUGCGGGACCUCCAGCAUUCAUUUGCUGAUGUUGAGACUGAAGAAGUAUCCCCAGUGGUUCCCACUGUGACAUCAGCAAACUGGGGCUUAAGGAAAAUGAGAGAGCUGGAAAACUGGAGAUCUGUGAGGCCUUAUUUAGUCAAUACCCUGAUAUCAAAGGAGAAAGUGGAACCCAACUUGUGCCAGGAGUGUCAAAGCAAUGCAGCUGCUAUCCGGUGUCGGGAUUGUCGUCCACGGCCGUUCCUCUGUGGAGAAUGUGAUUUAAAUGCACACAGCCAACAUCCAUUCCACAAUAGAGAGGCCACUAUAGGAGGAUUCUUUGAGCCAUUGCCCCCAACCAAAGUUAUUAUAAAUGAAGCUCUUUGUCAUUGUGAACGAGUUGUACCUCUAGAGGUCCCUUCCAAAAUCUGCAGCUGUCCAGCUGAGUACUUGAAGCUCAGUGCCGGAAAGGUUGUGGCUGUGAUCACUAUGAACGGUACAAGUAUAUUGUUGUGCAUCAAAAUAUUUUUCUAUUGUGUUUGUGAUCUGACAAUAGAAAAUAUGUGA